GGGGGCUUGGGCUUUGGUGGGGCACUGCUCACCUGGACUAGAAGUGGGGACCGUGCUUAGCAGUGGGCGGGGCCUUGGUGCUAGGGCGGAGCUCCUGGGCUGUUGGCGCUUGUGUGGGGGCGAACUUUCUGGGCUGUAGGGUCUUGGCACUGGGGGCGAUGGCGCUGGAAGGAGACCUUCCCGACCCAGGGAGCCCAUUCUGGAGCGGGGCUUCUGGGCGGAGCGAGCUUUUAUUGGCUUGUGGGCGGGUUUUCUGGGCUGACAUCGGUGUGUAGGCGGAGCUUCUGGGCCCAGGGGCUUUAUGUGGGUGUAGAGCUUUCAAAGAGAGGAGAGUAGGUGUGGGUAGAGCUUUUGGACUGAGGGUGCAUGUGUAGGACGUUUAAACCAGGUAUAAUAGGGUAUAAUAGCAUAUCAACAGGGUUUCUGGGUUGGGGCUGGUCGGGUGCAGAGCUCCUGGGAGGACGAAGAGGUCCCAACAGGACAUCCUACUGUCGAAAUCCUCUGUGUGAGCCAGGAUCCUCAGGAGGCUCUGGUGGGGGCCAUACUUCCAGCGCGUCAGUCACUAGUGUCCGUUCUCGCACCAGGAGCAGUUCUGGCACUGGCCUCUCCAGCCCACCACUGGCCACCCAGACAGUUGUGCCCCUCCAGCACUGCAAGAUCCCCGAGUUGCCUGUCCAGGCCAGCAUUCUGUUUGAGUUGCAACUCUUCUUCUGCCAGCUCAUAGCCCUCUUUGUCCACUAUAUCAACAUCUACAAGACAGUGUGGUGGUAUCCACCCUCCCACCCACCCUCCCACACCUCCCUGAAUUUCCACCUGAUCGACUUCAACUUGCUGAUGGUGACCACCAUCGUUCUGGGCCGCCGCUUCAUUGGGUCCAUCGUGAAGGAGGCUUCUCAGAGGGGGAAGGUCUCCCUCUUUCGCUCCGUCCUGCUGUUCCUCACCCGCUUCACCGUUCUCACGGCAACAGGCUGGAGUCUGUGCCGCUCCCUCAUCCACCUCUUCAGGACCUACUCCUUCCUGAACCUCCUGUUCCUCUGCUAUCCGUUUGGGAUGUACAUUCCGUUCCUGCAGCUGAACUGUGACCUCCGCAAGACGAAUCUCUUCAGCCACAUGGCCUCCAUGGGUCCCCGGGAGGCGGUGAGUGGCCUGGCGCGGAGCCGGGACUACCUGCUGACACUGCGGGAGACGUGGAAGCAGCACACGCGGCAGUUGUAUGGGCCGGACGCUAUGCCCACCCACGCCUGCUGCCUGUCCCCCAGUCUCAUCCGCAGCGAGGUGGAGUUCCUCAAGAUGGACUUCAACUGGCGCAUGAAGGAAGUGCUGGUCAGCUCCAUGCUGAGCGCCUACUAUGUGGCCUUUGUGCCUGUCUGGUUCGUGAAGAACACGCAUUACUAUGACAAGCGCUGGUCCUGUGAGCUCUUCCUGCUGGUGUCCAUCAGCACCUCGGUGAUCCUCAUGCAGCACCUGCUGCCCGCCAGCUACUGCGACCUCCUGCACAAGGCCGCUGCCCACCUGGGCUGCUGGCAGAAGGUGGACCCAGCACUGUGCUCCAAUGUGCUGCAGCACCCGUGGACGGAAGAAUGCAUGUGGCCCCAGGGCGUGCUGGUGAAGCACAGCAAGAACGUCUACAAAGCUGUGGGCCACUACAACGUGGCCAUUCCCUCCGACGUCUCCCACUUCCGCUUUCACUUCUUUUUCAGCAAACCCCUGCGGAUCCUCAACAUCCUUCUGCUGCUAGAGGGUGCUGUCAUUGUCUACCAGCUGUACUCCUUAAUGUCUUCUGAAAAGUGGCACCAGACGAUCUCCCUGGCACUCAUCCUCUUCAGCAACUACUAUGCCUUCUUCAAGCUGCUGCGGGACCGCUUGGUACUGGGCAAGGCCUACUCCUACUCGGCCAGCCCCCAGAGGGACCUGGACCACCGGUUCUCCUAAGCCCCAGGGUGAUCCCACGGACAGUAUCCAGGCUUCAGCCUGGGGCUUUCUGGGAAGGGGCUGUUGGGGAGGGUUGGGUGAGGGGCAAAAAAAACCCCACAAAAACAGACAAAAAAAAUUCACCAGAGCUUUGUAUUUUUGUUACAUACUGUUUGUUUCUUUGAUAAUUGAUGUGAUUAUGAGGGGAAAAAAAAGUGCUAUUUUUAUACUCCCAUUAA